GUAUUAGACUAAUCUCUUAUUCUUAUUCCAUUCCGUUCCGCCAAGAAACCGAUACACCAACCCUGAAGCAACAACUCAGCCACCACCUUUCCUCUAUAUAUAUUUCUCCCCGUAGCGGAUAGUUCGCUGCAACAAAAAUAAAAAUUAUUUGAAAUGGUGCACUUUGAGAAAAGACACGUUCAUGUACAGAAGGGAGAAUCUGCUGUUGUGCUUGAUUUACACAACUCUGAGGAGGAGCAAGAAGGAGUUCAUCAUGGCCAUAGCAAUAGGAAAAUUAUAAUCAGGCCUAAAGUAUUGUCACUUGUGUUUCUUUCACUUUUGGCUUGUACUCUUGUUCUUGCAACUAGCUUCUCUUUCUUCCCUUCUGCUCUUUCCCUCUCAUAUUCACUUGCAGAGGUUGACAAAGUUGUUGUUAAUGCUUCCCUUUGUUCUUCUGUCCCAGCUGGGACUAUAUGUUGUGAUAGAAGUAGUAUCCGGUCAGAUGUAUGUAUCAUGAAAGGGGAUGUUAGAACACAGUCUAAAUCCUCUUCUGUUUUACUUUAUGCAUCAAAAGAUACAACUGAGGACAUCAGUCAUGGGUCUGAUCAUCAGGUGAAUCGAAAAGAAGAGCUUCAACAUGAAAAAAUUAAACCUUAUACACGGAAAUGGGAAGCAAGUGUGAUGAACACUAUCGAUCAGCUAGACCUUAUUUCCAAGAAACAAGACUCGGGUAUUCAUCACCAUUGUGAUGUUAAGCACGAUGUUCCUGCAGUUUUCUUCUCAACAGGAGGUUAUACCGGUAAUGUUUAUCAUGAAUUUAACGACGGACUUCUGCCUCUUUUCAUUACUAGUCAGCAUUUGAACAAGAAAGUUGUGUUUGUUAUUCUUGAGUAUCAUGAUUGGUGGAUAUCCAAGUAUGCUAGUAUUCUUGAUCAUCUAUCUGAAUAUCCACCUAUUGACUUCACUGGAGAUAAUAGAACCCAUUGUUUCCCUGAAGCCAUUGUCGGGCUAAAAAUACAUGAUGAGCUCACAGUAGAUUCUUCGUUGAUGGAUGCAAAUGUAUCAGUUAGGAAUUUUAGAGACAUUUUGGAUCGAGCUUAUCGGCCUCGGAUUACAGAUAUUAUUGAAGAGGAGAAACAAGAAGCUCAGUUGUUGAAAGAAAAUUCUGCUUCACCAUUGUCCACUGAUCCACAAGAAGUGAGAAAUGAGAAAGAUGAUAAUGGUUUGAAGAAACCAAAACUUGUCAUUGUAUCCAGAAAUGGAUCCAGGGCAAUUACUAACGAAGAUUCUCUAGUGAAAAUGGCAGAAGAAAUCGGCUUUUUUGUGGAAGUUUUAAGGCCUAAGCCAGAUACAGAACUGGCAAAGAUCUAUCGAUCACUCAACUCCAGCGAUGUCAUGAUUGGAGUACAUGGUGCAGCCAUGACCCAUUUUCUUUUCAUGAAGCCUGGCUCUGUGUUUAUCCAGGUGGUUCCCCUUGGAACCAAUUGGGCCGCAGAGACUUACUAUGGUGAACCUGCAAAGAAGCUUGGUUUAAGGUAUAUUGGUUAUGAAAUCCUCCCGAAGGAGAGCUCACUAUACGAUGAGUAUGAUAGCAGCGAUCCUGUUUUAAGAGAUCCAGAAAGCAUCAACAUAAAAGGUUGGGAAUUCACCAAGAAGAUCUAUCUUGACAGGCAAAAGGUGAAAUUAAAUCUUGAAAGAUUUCGCAAGAGGUUGGUUCGUUCCUACAAUUACUCAAUUAUUAAGAGGAACUUGGCUGUUCACCAUCGAUCUUAGUAUCUUCUUCAACUUCUGUUAGAUGUAAAAGCACUAUAUACCAGGCGACGUCUGUACAAAUUAGUGAUCUUGCCCAUUUUUUGUACAUUAGUAAUGUUUUUUUCUCCCUUCUUGGUUUCUCAUGUUGGUGAGCCAAGCAUUCUUUCAUUUAUUAAGUGAUCAUACUGUUGUUUCAGUA